AUGUCAGCAGGUGCAACGGGAGACGCGGCUCCUACGUCUGCUGCUCCUGCAGCAGCAGGCAGUACCAACAGCAACAACAACUGCGCCAGUGGCACCAACUGCCGUGUGUCACUGAGCUUGUUUUACAGCUGCUUAGCCUGCUUGGGUCUUGUUUUGGGAUCCCCCUGGCUGAGUCCCCCUCCUGUGCUGCUCCAGAUGGUGCUUUAUACGGCUCCCAUACUUUAUAUAGGGAGCCACUUGUCUUUGAAGCAAAACGAAGUAGACGCAAUAACGGGAGAGAGGUUAAACAAAGGGGAGGCCAUGGACAGAACUGACGCCAUGCUUUUUCCUGUUUUCGGCUCCAUAGCACUCUUCAGCUUGUACCUUGCCUACAAGUUCUUGGGAGCUGGGUGGGUGAAUAUGCUCCUGACGUUCUACUUGACGGGCGUAGGUCUUCUUGCGUUAGGGGGAACAGUCUUCUCUGUGUCAAGGCCUCUCUGUCCACCCUGGCUGUAUGAUGACAGUUGGCUUGUCCUCCGUCCCAGAGGUCCUUUCCUUUGGAUCCGCAAGUGGCUCAGCGGCCCAACGCCGUCAGAAGCGACACGCAUGGAACACCAAGAACACCAGGAGGAGCAACAGGAGAAACAGCAGAAGAAGCAGCACGGACAGGAGACCAAGCUAGCCGUGGACUGGAGUUGGCGAUUCAGUCCUCUUUGGCUCGCUUCCCAUCUGCUAGCUUUGGCCAUAUGCAUCCUGUGGCUUAUAACGAAGCACUGGGCGCUACACAACAUUUUGGCGAUUGCAUUUUGCACUCAGGCGAUAGCAAUAGUGAGCGUGGGAAGUUUCGGAGUUGCUAGCAUUCUACUAUGCGGGCUCUUCGUAUAUGAUGUGUUUUGGGUGUUUGGGACUGAAGUGAUGGUUUCAGUGGCAAAGGCUUUUGAGGGUCCAGCCAAACUGAUGUUUCCAGUGCAGCUGUCUCCAUUGCAGUACAGCAUUCUCGGCCUGGGUGACGUGGUUAUUCCCGGCGUCUUGAUAGCCAUGUGUCUACGCUUCGAUCUGUUUCUCUACCAAAAGCAGCAAAACGCAGCAACGAAGGCUCUGGCGGUGGACAUACACCAGCGUUUCCCUAAGUUCUACUUUUGCGUUGUACUUGCGUUCUAUGAGUUGGGCUUGCUGACAACAGGCCUUGUAAUGCUCUAUGCACAGCAUCCGCAGCCCGCGCUUCUUUAUCUUGUCCCGUACUGUCUCUUUAGCCUCUUUGGCGCAGCUGCUCUCAACGGAAAAGUUAAAGAAGUGCUGGCGUACAAGGAGGAAGACGAGGAGGGGAGCAGCAUCCUGCGAGCGUCUGCGCUGGAGACGACAGAGAAGAAAGAGAACUAG